AUGGCGAACCGUCAGAUCACUCGGCGCAUCCUCAUCAGCGCCGCCAUCUCCAUCUUCCUGCUCUUCGUUUUCUUUAUCCGACCUGAGGGACCCCCUAGCCCCGCGAUCCGUGCUCCCGGUCAUCUGGAGAAGUCUGCGCAGGCCGUGGCAUCCAAAGAUGAUCUCACCAAGGGAGAGGUUGUCAUGCCCCGACUGGGGAACGCAACCGCAAAAGCGGAAUUAGGCCGUGCGACGUGGAAGUACUUCCACACGAUGCUUGCCCGGUACCCCGAAGACCCGACGGAGGAGCAGCAGGAGACUCUUCGUUCCUUCAUCUACCUUUUCGCGCGACUCUACCCUUGUGGAGAGUGCGCUUCUCACUUCCAGGGCCAUCUGAAAACAUACCCGCCACAGGUUUCGUCACGCAACGCAGCUGCAGGAUGGGGCUGCUUUAUCCAUAACGAGGUCAACACCAUGCUUGAAAAGCCUAUUUUCGACUGUAACAACAUUGGGGACUUCUACGACUGCGGCUGUGCCGAGGAUGAAGAGGGCGAAGAGGGCGAAGAGGGCGCAACUUCGAAGGGCAAGGGUCAGGCCAUUACUCGGGACGAGGUUGAUAGCGAUGAUGCAAUUUCUCCCGUCGAGAUAUCUAGGGAACCGACCACGCGGGGUUAA